UUUUUUCAUGCUUUCCGGCAGAUGGAGUAAUGCCAAGUUUUAUUUUCGCGUUAUUUUUUCUAAAUGGACUUCGAGUUCAAAGUGAAAACUGCUGCUCAGCGGACGAAGGUCGAAGACCUUUUCGAGUUCGAGGGAUGCAAAGUCGGACGAGGAACCUACGGUCACGUCUACAAAGCCAAGAGAAAAGACGGAACGACGGACCCGAAACAUACCGAAUAUGCACUGAAGCAGAUCGAAGGCACUGGAUUAUCUAUGUCUGCAUGCAGAGAAAUCGCAUUGCUAAGAGAAUUAAAGCACGUGAACGUCAUCAACCUCCAGAGAGUGUUUCUCUCUCAUAGUGACCGAAAAGUCUGGCUACUUUUCGACUACGCGGAACAUGAUCUCUGGCACAUCAUCAAGUUCCAUCGUGCUGCCAAAGCAAACAAGAAACCUGUGAUAGUGCCGAAAGCAAUGGUGAAGUCACUUUUGUACCAAAUUCUUGCUGGAAUCCAUUACCUGCACUCCAACUGGGUGUUGCAUAGAGAUCUCGUGAGAAUCUUUUCUUCAUGUUCAUACAGAGGAACUUGUGUAACUUUUUUGUUGUUGUUCUUUUCGUCAAGAAACCCGCUAAUAUUCUUGACUACCCGCUGCCCUAGCUUUCUCCUGCUCACUUCUAACGACUGUCAACACCAAUGUAAGACCAUGGCUCGACCAGAGCUUUUGCUUGGUGCGAGGCAUUACACGAAAGCAAUCGAUAUUUGGGCCAUAGGCUGCAUUUUUGCGGAACUGCUGACGUCAGAGCCGAUUUUCCACUGUCGACAAGAAGACAUCAAAACGUCGAAUCCUUACCAUCACGACCAGCUGGACAGGAUCUUCAGUGUGAUGGGAUUCCCGCAGGAACGCGAAUGGGAAGACAUCAAGAAAAUGCCGGAUCAUGACAAGUUGAUGAAGGACUUCAAAAAGGCCAGUUAUCAGAGUUGCUCUCUCAUCAAGUACAUGGACAGGCACAAGAUCAAGCCUGACACGAAGGCCUUCAGCUUGCUCCAGAAGCUCCUCAUGAUGGAUCCCAAUAAGAGGAUCACGUCGGAGCAGGCCAUGAUGGAUCUGUAUUUCAAGGAGGAUCCGUUACCUACUGAGGAGUAAGUGCUUGGAAUCCUGGCAAGAAUUCCCCUAGCACGUCUGAAAAAAAAAAAAUUCUUGGACACUUACACAGCUCUUCACAUUUAAAAAAUAUUUGUAUGAAUCACCGCCAGUUUUGGCGCUU